GACACUCGCGCGGAAGAGUCUGUGCGUAUUUCAGCGGUCGGGGCUAUUCGCCGGGUCCCUAUCAACGGAGUGCCGAGUAUCUUCGUUCAAAAGGUGUUUACCCCUUCCUCCCCCCCUGCGUUUUUCUCCAUAUCCCCCCGUGACGCGCAGUCCGCCGGGCAAGAUCCGUGCGUGCGGUAUCGCGAUAUCUCGGUGUCCGUGCGGUGAAGAGAAGUUGGCGUGAGGGCAGACCGGCGUCGAUCUCGGCGCGCGCGCGAAGAGAUAAAAGCCGGGUUACCUCUCGCGACGAGUACGAUACGCGGAACGGCAGACCGGAGAUAGAAAAAAGACCGCGUGUGUGGUUGCCGUUAAUAAUAUAGUGAAUGCGCGAGUUUCGUCGAUAGUUUAACCAGCGCAGCGAGAUACCGUAUCGCGCGGAUGCGUGCGGAUGUCUUUAAAGUGGAGUAACGUGGUCUGAAAGAGGGAGGCGCCGGGGAACCGGGCACAGUCGGAGCACGGACGAGCUCCAGCCGGCAUUUUGACGUUUGCUCCGCGUGUCUUCCCCCUUCCGCGUUCCCUCCCCGCGUGUGAUGAAUACUGUCGCAAGUGAGCCGUGCACGCGACGCCAGCAGACAGAGCGUCGAGCCGCACGAGUGAUGCCGCGUUCCCAGUGAAUUUUUUUUACCGCGUUUUUUCGCCGCGACAGUUGGCGGCGUUACAGCGAGCAGUAGCGACAACAUUAACAAAGCGGCAGCAGCGACGCGGCGGCACACAGUUCUCCUUCGGUCGUUUUGCACGAUCGAGGUACAGAGAUAGAAAGAGUGAGGAGAGCACCUCCCGUGUGUCGCGCGUGUGCGCGCAUUUCGCGAAUACACACCGGCGAGUUAUCGGCCGUUAUCGGGCAAGUGCGCGACGCGAGGAAGAAAUCUCUCUCUCUCUCACGCGGCUCCUCCAUAAUCGUCGUAUAGGUUUCUCGCGGCCGGACGUGUGUCGCUUCGUCUCUCGGGCCUUCUCUCGUUGGCCGUUCGCCGCCGGCAUUCUCUCGCGCCUACGGUGGAGGGGGAGGCUGCCUGCCUCUUCCCCGAUGAUACGCACGUGCGCUCGCCGCUACUCGCUACUACGUUUACGUGCGUGCGUGCGUCCGGAGCGCGUUCAGUGAAUCGAGUUCGUAUCUUGUCGCGCCGCCCGCGCCGCGCCGCGCCGGACGGACGGACGGGCGAGUGACGCGCAGUGCCCCGUGUUCGUUCGUCGUGUACGUCGUCGUCGGUCAGUUCGUUCAGUUGAGAGAAUUACCCGCUUACGCGCGCUCGCCGCCGCGUCCCCCGUGUGUGUGGAGCACCUGCUCGAGAAGGAGGCCGAAGCGGAGGGCCGCCGCGAAGGACUUUCGCAGCCGCGCGUAGCCAUGGAUACGCUCCUACCGAGCGGCAAUAUAUUUCGAGAGCUGCAGGACAUACACGACACCGGAUACUUCUCGGCCCAGCCGUCGCUCGAGGAUCACUGGCAACAGACAUGCUACGAGAUGGAGAGGUACCUGAAGGACGAGCCGAAGCUACAAUCGUACAAAAAACUCCCCACGGAACUGGACACAGCGCCCUGGAACCUCUUCAGGGCACCAUCGAUCUCGUGGACGACGUCCACUGGAACGAGCGCACAAUUCGAUGCCCCAAUCAAAAUGGAGGUGACGACGUCGUCAGACGAGAGAGAUCCCCUCUGUCUGGACGACAUCAAAUUCAGUCCUGGCGACCAUAAUGACAAUGGCCGCGAUAGGGAUCUUCUCGAUCGUCACCUCGACUCCUUAUCGAUGUCCUCGGCAAGUUCGGCGUGUUCAGCACUGUCCUGGGACAGCUCACCCUCCCUCUCUUGCACAGCGCUCAUUCUUAAAAAAGAACCGAGCGAAGACCUUGAGGAGGAUGAGGAGCAUGAGGAAAUCGAGGAGGAGGAGGACAGCGGGUGCGAAAGCGAAGGUCAGAUCCUAACGCCGCCGUCGAGUCCCGGUUCGGGUCAAGGUCAUUCCAACUCCAGUCACUCGUCGAGUGGAAGUUCGAUGCUCGACGUGCACAACCUCAACCUUCACGGCACGGGCGGUAGGAGUGCUAUCGUCAGGGUUACCGCCGGGAACGCGCAGGGUGUUGCAAGACUGAUCUCCGUCACGGCGAACGGCUUCCCCGCGGUAGCCGGCACGCAACACGCGCACGCGGGCGCAACCGCGGCCACGACCACCGUGGCUAACAGGCACCACGCGAGGAGCAACGAGCACAGUCCGCCCGACACGAAACGCAGGAUACACAAAUGCCAAUUCCCCGGGUGCAAGAAGGUAUACACCAAGAGCUCGCAUCUCAAGGCCCAUCAAAGGACGCACACGGGGGAAAAGCCGUACAAGUGCAGUUGGGAGGGCUGCGAGUGGCGAUUCGCGCGUUCAGACGAAUUGACGCGCCAUUACCGCAAGCACACCGGCGCGAAGCCGUUCAAGUGCCGGCAUUGCGACCGAUGCUUCUCCCGCAGCGACCAUCUAGCUCUCCACAUGAAGAGACACGUGUAAUCAAUCGUCUCCGCGAGCGGUCCCAGCCGCGCGUCACACUCCGCGGUUGGGACCGUCAAGACUUCUUCCUCGUAAAAAUCGCGGAGAUCUUCGACAUUUGCACGGCGAAAUUCACGCGAUCUAGCAUUUUCCGAGAUCACCUAGUAGUAUGCUGCAAGUAGAAGGCGAUCGAUUAUCGUAUGCGCCUGAGCUUGAACAAACAUCAAGUGAGAGAGAGAGAGAGAGAGAGAGAGAGAGAGAGAGAGAGAGAGAGAAAGAGUAUUACGAAAGUAGCUGUAUUAGGUAUUCGAGAUUCGCCCAGACUCCAUCAUUGACGGAAAAUUUUCGAGAGUCACUUGAGAAGAUCGAUCAGUGAGACGCCGUUUGGAGACAAUCGAAGAUUGAGUUUGUGUCUGAAACGAUCGGCGGGGACGAUUCGGAGGAAGGCUUGACGAGCAAUCAGAUUAUGUAUUAUAGAGUAACACUUCUCAUCGGAGUCCAAAGAGUCACGUGUACAACGUGCAUUUCCUCGAAAUGCCCUGAUGUGUAAGAUCAGGAAGGGGGGGGGGGAGGAAAUAAGUGAUCAACGACACUUGUCCUUAAGAGCCAAAGGGAUUGCACGCAACAAACCUUCGAUCCCCGCUAACUCGCGCGAAUUUGAGGAGACGGAAACGUCAACGGUCAGCAGUGAUCCGGAAGAGAGAUUGCAGCCAAUGUAAUACAGGGAGGGGACCUCCGGGGGAAAUUGUCGAGCAAAGAAGUCGCCCGGGAAGUCUCGCACGCGCCGCGAGAGACGUCAAUCACUGCCAAUUCGUUACAUUCUAAGAUCAACGCUACCGUCGAAGAUUUCAAGCUGCGACUUUUAGCAAUCGGAGGUCUUCGAGAAGCGAGGAGCUGACUGAAGAAAGCCUAAAGUUUUCGCCGAUCCUCAAUGGCGCGCGGCACGGGCGGAUGCUCAUUCGCAAU